GUCACGAACCAUAAAUUAAACUCUUAUAUUCUCAGUUUAUUACAGAUGUUCAUUUGACCUAAAUUUUUCUCCUCAUACACAUCAUCUUUGAUAAUUUAGGACUAUUUUUAAUUCAUUUUUGUGAAUAAAUCAUAUCCAUGUGGACAAUUCUGUUCUCGACUAUAGCUUUAAUCCUUAGCUUUAUUAUCAUCUAUCUGUUGUACAUCAAAAGCUCAGCAAAAUUACCACCUGGACCAAUCAGUUGGCCUUUAAUUGGAUAUAUAUCUUGUUUAGGUACUGAUGCUUUUCGUAAAAUUCAGCAUUUAAAUAAAGUUUAUGGUGAUAUUGUGUCAUUUCAAGUUUUGGGAAAAACAAUAAUCAUAUUGUAUAACUAUGAUUUAAUAAACGAAGCAGCAAAUGAGAAUCGUUCGAAAGUUGGACGAUAUACAAUGACUGUAAAUGAUUUAUUGGCAGAAAAUUCAGGUAUUUCAAAUUACGACACACCAAAGGCACUGGAAAUGAGAAGAGCUCUUUUACGUCUUAUACAUAAUAAUAUAAAAACAGCCGAAGAACACGAAGGUACUAAAUUGCACCCAUUUAUAUCGCAGAAUAUAAUCAACGCUCAAAUAAAUGAAUUGAUUCGACAGCUGAGAAUAAGACAAGGAAAACCUGUCAAUGUUUUACAAUUGGUGAGAUGCACAGUUUGGAGAAUUAUUUGGAACUUAGUUUUUGGAAAAGAGUGUCAGUUAACCGACAAACAAAUUUCAAAUACUUUAGAUGAUAUCUCAUCGAAUAAUUUACAAAAUCAACUUUUUCAAACAAGACAACUAUUGCCUAGAUUUUGUGUGAACAUUUUUAGACAUUCUCAAUUCGCUAGAAAAUUAUUCGACAUUGAAGAGAUAUUACAGAAACACAAGACUGUACGUCAGUUAAUUGAUAGCAAUGUCGGUGACAUAUAUAAUUCGGACUCAUUAUUGGGUCAGUUAAUCAAUGAUUCAAAAUUGAAUUUAACUAAAAAUGAUAUUUCACGUCUUUCAUUUGAAUUAAUGGCUGCUGGUACUGAUACUACGUCUUUAACAUUAACAUGGGCAUGUGAUUAUCUAACAAGAGCUCCACCAAAAGAAUCAUUUAAACUAAGCUCAGAUGUUAUUGAUAUGAUUCAUCGUUGGGCUAGUGUAGUUCCUCUGUCAUUACCUCAUAUAGCACGUGAAUCUUUUAAGCUCAAAAAUUAUUAUAUACCGAAAUCAUCAAUUUUAAUAUAUAAUCUUUAUGCUGUACAUAAUAGUCAGUUAAAAAAAUUGACUAAUACUGGACAAAAAUCGGAUGAAAUCCAAGAAAGUGAUAAGCCAAUACCAUUUUCACUUGGUUCUAGAUCAUGUCCUGGUGCUCGUAUAGCUACUAUACUAAUUGAACAAAUUUUAACAGCUAUUAAUCAAGAAUUUCUUAUUCAAAAUAUUACUCAAUCACCAUUUCAAACAAUUCGUCCAGGAAAUCAAGAAAGUUUAACACCUUUUGGAAUUACACGUACUCCACAUAAAUCUAUGUAUAUAUUUGUUACAAAAUUAAAUGGAAGCAGAAGAACAAGUAUUUAAUAAAUAAGAUUUUAACUAAAUUAUAUCGAAAGAUUAUUUUAAAUUAAUUAUAAUAAUGAACUGAUAAAAUUGUGAAGUAAAUAUGAUUUUCUUAAGUUAACUCUAUUGAUAUUAAUAAUUCGUUCUUUUAUUAAUACUACUUAAUUAUUUAU